AUGUUCAUGUUUAAGUCGAUACUUCUCCUCUCGGCCGUAUCCCUGCCUUUUGGCAGUGCAGCACCGGCGGAUAAUGCAGUGCUAGCUGCGCCAGCUCUUCCCCUUGACGACUCUGCGGACAGUAUAGUGAAUAUCACACGUCGUGGUGUCACCACCAAUCCGGCGGUCAUGUACACGCGCUUCGGCGGAACUACUUGCGGGACUUCCUGCGGUUCUGCCUAUUGCACCGAUACGACUCCGGAUGCCACCUGCAUCGAGUUCUCAGCAGGCUCCAUAGUUAUCGAUGAGUUCUUCGGGAAUUGCCGCUUCAGUAAGUUUGCCUACACCAAUCAGAGCAGGAAAAUCAUGGAAGACCUAAGGGCCGAGUCAUUGGACACUUCUCACGCAAAUGAAUAG